AUGGGGUCCUUGUCUUGCAUGUGUUUAUGCAUGCCCGAUGCAGCUGCACCAAUCUCCAAGACGCUCCUAGUGGCAGAUGAAAACGGACAGAUCGUGGUGCGAUCCCGGAGCAGAGAUACCACCCGGGAAACCAGCACUGCCGUGAUAAGCGACGCUUGGGGAGGUGAUGAGGAAGGUGGAGGCGACCCGAAGCAGCUGUGGCUGCUGGCGCCGGCAAGGGGGGCCGUUCAAGGUGAAUAUGUUCUCCAGAAGGGACGAGACAACUUCAACCAACCUUUGUGGAGACAACAGAAAGGAUCCGGCUGGCUUUUCAGCAGCGCCCCAGCUCCAGAUGGUUUCUGGCGCUUUGCCAACAGCGACGUGGAAUUGGCUGACCGGCUCGGCCCGAUUCAGUCAGCGCAGCCACACGACGGAGCAGCUCCCCAGAAGGUGGCUUCUUGGCAGUACUACGACGGCAGUGGUUGGCAUGACGACACGUCCAUAUUGGUACUGGACUCUCAGGAGAAGUUUCUGGCUGCGGCAAAGAAGCAAAGCUCUUCGGCCAGCGAGGAACACCCGCCGUCGCUUUGGCUGCUUGCUCCGCGGUACCCGAAUUUGCAGGGCGAGUACCGAAAGCAGGAGACUCGGCGAGAAAGAGGCCAGCCAGUGUGGCGGCAAGUCGGUGGAGAAGGCUGGAUCUUCAGCACGAGCAAGCGCCGAUGGUUUAUUACGGACGACGAAGCUGGAAUCAUUCAAAGUGGUGGUGUGAUGGCGUCCGUUGCUCCGCACAACGACGCCCCACCCAACAAAAUCGAGCACUGGCAGUUUUUCAAUGAUGGCUCGUGGCAACCUGAUGCCACAAUUCUUCUUACAGACAAGCAGGCUGAGGCAGAGCGCCUCUUAGCUGAGCAACAACGGGAGGCGUUGCUCCGCAGCGAAACGGCUCCAGAGCGUGUUUGGAUCAUCUGCCCCCCGAAGCCCUUGAUCCAAGGAGAGUAUGCACGCCAGCCGGGGAGAAUAGAACGUGGCCAUGCUGUUUGGCGUCAAGCAGGAGGCAGUGGUAUACUGUACAGCAACGGCUUGGGUGGCUUGUGGUGUGUGGCAACCAAAGAAGCAGAUGUCCAGAAGAACUUGGGAGUUCUGCAAUGUUCCACUCCACACCAGGGUCGCCCCCCGCACGAGAUGGAGGCUUGGCAGUAUGCUGACGGUUCAACCUGGCGCCUGCACAAGGAGAUGCGCAUCACCGACCAGAGAGAGGAGGGGUUGGCAGCACUUGCCGAGCAGGAAGCUUUGGCCCGUCGCCGAGCUGAUCUCGCGCCCAGCCACCUCUGGCUGAAGGCUGCUUCGAAGGUCGCGCUUCAAGGCGAAUACAUCAAGGUUCCGAACCGGCUUGAGCGCGGCCAGGCCUUGUGGCAGCAAGCCGCAGGCCCUGGCUGGCUCUACAGCACAUCGGGCGGGCGAUGGUUCGUGACGGAUCGCGAGGAAGGGGUCGCCUCCAACACCGGGCUCCUGGCCUCCAAUGCCCUGCAUCAGGGCCGGCUCCCCCAGGAGACGGAGAAGUGGCAGGAGUUUGUGGAUGGGGCAUGGCAACUGGCACCUUCCGUCCUCGUAGUUGCAGAUGUGGAGUGCCUUCAUAUCAGGGGCAUCUCCAUGACGGCCGAGAUGGAGGGAGACCUCGAGGUACCGGCACCCCACUAA